AGUCAAUUAUCAAAUUGAAAAUUGUCAGUACAGGCAAUGGAGGACUAUGCGCCGAGUCGCUAUAAAAUGCUCGAGAAAAUUGGCGAAGGUGUCCAUGGCUGCGUGUUUAAGGCCAUCGAUUUACAGCGCAACAAGGAGGUGGCCAUCAAAAAGGUUGCUCUAAAGAACAAAUUCGGCAACAUUUCGCUCAACACACUGCGAGAAAUCAAGACACUGCAACUGUGCAAGUCGGAAUUUAUCCUGGACAUUGUCGAUAUAUAUCCUGAUCUGACUGGACUGUCGCUGGUGUUGGAAUAUCACCCUGACACCCUGUACAGUCGCCUUAAGAGCGAAGUGAAUCCCCUUAGCCGCCAGCAGGUGCGAAAGUUCGCCCACCAAAUGUUUAAGGGCAUUGCCUACCUCCACGAAGCGGGCCUGAUGCACAGGGACAUCAAGCCAGCCAAUUUGCUCAUCAGUGACACGGAUAUGCUGAAAAUCGCCGACUUUGGCCUGGCUCGUCUCUACUUUCCAGAAGAGGAGUCGCGUCUGUAUUCGCCUCAAGUCUCGACGCGCUGGUAUCGUGCUCCGGAAAUACUCUGGGGCAGUCAGAAGUACAGCCCUGGCGUGGACAUGUGGGCAGCAGGCUGUGUGGUGGCGGAGAUGUUGCGUGGUGUGCCUCUCUUUGCUGGCACAACGGACAUCGAACAGUUGGCCAUCAUAAUACGCACUUUGGGGAGUCCUCGUCUCAAUCAGUGGCCAGAGUUGACUUCGUUGCCAGACUACAGCAAGAUACGAUUUCCCAACUCUGUGGGCAUACACUGGGACAAUUUGUUUCCGAGCUGCACGCACGCAGUGGAGAUUAGUCUGGUUUCGAAUUUGGUCGUAUACAAUCCCAAGAACCGGCUUAGCGCUAGCGAGGCAGUCGAACAUAAUUAUUUCCACUAAUUACAUGUCUAUGUACAAAUCUAGUAAGCA